GUAUUUUUAAUCACUCCCACCACGGCCACACUUUUCCCGAGGAAAAACAAAGUUUUUGUUAUGAUUUUUCUGCGGGAAUAAUGAAUGAAAUGUGCCAUUUAAGGACCUGAGGAUGCGCUUGCGUCGCCGCUGGCCGCGAAGGAUGCGGCGUGUCAUCGAACAAUUGCGACUGCAGUCCCGCAGGAAGCUGCAGCUGCUCCUGGGGUUUGGAGGACUCUGCCUGGUGGUUUGGCUAGCUCUUAACUAUCUCUCCGCGUCGGAGAACGGCAGCACCGGCGACUCCAGCAGCUCCUGCAGCGCAAUCGAUGCGGUUUACACUUGGGUCAACGGCUCGGAUCCCAACUUCAUUGAGUCCAUCCGGCGAUUUGACUUUAAACACGAUCCCUCGCGAUUCGAUGACAAGAAUGAGCUGCGCUACUCCCUGAGAUCGCUGGAGAAGCACGCCAAUUGGAUCCGGCACGUCUACAUAGUGACCAAUAGCCAGAUUCCCAAUUGGCUGGAUCUCAGCUACGAAAGAGUUACAGUGGUGCCACACGAAGUGCUCGCCCCCGAUCCCGCCCAGCUGCCCACCUUCUCCAGCUCGGCCAUCGAGACAUUCCUGCACCGCAUACCAAAGCUGUCCAAGAGGUUUCUCUACCUCAACGAUGACAUAUUCCUGGGAGCACCACUCUAUCCGGAGGAUCUGUAUACAGAGGCGGAGGGAGUGCGCGUGUACCAGGCCUGGAUGGUACCGGACUGCGCCCUGGACUGCCCGUGGACGUACAUAGGAGAUGGAGCCUGCGAUCGGCACUGCAACAUCGAUGCCUGCCAGUUCGAUGGAGGAGACUGUAGCGAAACUGAGUCAGCGGACGGUGCCCACGUCUUUCCACAAAGCCAGGAGGUGCUCGAAGUGGAACCCGUCGCUGUACCAAAAACUCCUGUCCACCGCUUCCCUCACGUGGGCCUCCAAAAGCUGUUCAAGAGCAGCUCGGCCAAUUUCAAGGAAGUAAUGCGCCACCGUAAUGUGUCGACACUCAAAGAGCUCCGCCGCAUCGUAGAGCGAUUUAACCGUGCCAAACUGAUGUCGCUGAAUCCGGAAAUGGAGGCUACUAGCUCCGAGCCACCGACUACCCAACGAAGUACAGUUCCCAAAGAGGAGUACCAAUCAUCCACCAACAUAUACUCCCACUCGCUUAUUGCCACCAAUAUGUUGCUUAAUCGAGUCUAUGGCUUCAAGGCACGUCAUGUUCUAGCCCACGUUGGUUUCCUGAUCGACAAGGAUAUUAUGGAGGCCAUGCAGCGACGUUUCCGCCAACAAGUUCAGAGCACGGCCCGGCAGCGCUUUCGGUCCGCUACCGAUUUGCAGUUCGCCUUUGCUUACUACUCCUUCCUGAUGAGCGAAACGAAGGUGAUGGGUGUGGAGGAGAUCUUUGAUGAGUUCGACACCGAUGGCUCGGCCACCUGGUCGGAUAGGGAGGUGCGCACCUUCCUCACACGCAUUUAUCCGCCGCCACUAGACUGGUCAGCCAUGCGAUACUUCGAGGAGGUGAUUCAGAAUUGCACUAGGAAUCUGGGCAUGAGUACAAAAGCUGAUACAGUUGAACACUCCACGCUGGUCUACGAGCGAUAUGAGGAUUCAAAUUUGCCCACCAUCACCAGAGAUCUGGUAGUGAGAUGUUCGCUUCUGGCUGAAGCUUUGGCGGCUAACUUCGCCGUUCGACCCAAGUAUCACUUCCAUGUCAGCCCCAAGAGAGUUUCGCACAGCAACUUUAUGAUGCUCACCUCGAACCUUACUGAUGUGGUGGAAUCUCUAGACCGAUUGCGCCGGAAUCCGCGCAAGUUCAACUGUAUCAAUGACAAUAUGGAUGCUAGUAGGCGGGAAGACAACGCGAUGGUUCGCCACCUGCUGGAGGAUUUUUACCUGUCCUUUUUUCCGCGGCGCAGCAAGUUCGAGCUUCCGCCGCAAUUCCGCAAUCGAUACGCAUCCUGGCGGGACUAUCAGCGCUGGAAGCGAAGGAAGCGCGCCGUUCUAGUGAUCGGGUAUGGAGUGACACUGCUGCUGGUCAUCUUUCUGCUGCGUUUUAUGUGCCACCACAAGGCCAAGUUUGUGAGGCGCUGUGCGCAGCGCUUGUAGGUGUCAUCUUUGGGAAAUUCUCUCUUCCGCAAUGUUGUGAUAUGUUGUGAACAUUUAUGUAUAUCGGCCAUUUCUGCAAGCGAUCAUAGUCAAAUCUAGUUGUAGGCCAUGUGUAAGGCUAUUUUUCUAGUUAUUUAGAUGCAUGCUAGAGGCUACUUUUAAGAUUAGUCAAUAAGUGUGAGUACCUAGUGAAAUUUUGUAGAAUCUUUUGUUAUUUAGCAGUCGAACUGUUUUAGGUUGAAUUUCAUACCACUUAAGUUCAUCAUACCAAGUGCAAAUCUUUGUUUGAUAUUGUCUCUCGAAUAGUACUGUACUUUCCAAGACGUAAGUCGAACUUAUGAUCGUUUAAAGAUAAUUUUUUAUAUAAAUAUAUCCAAUUGAUGGUGUAAACUCCA